CGCCACUUGCUCGGUCUGGAGGACUCAGUGAGUGCACCGUCGACGGACCUGAUUGCCACCAAUACCGUGAACACAUGAGCACCUUCAAGGUUGACGAAGACUGGGAAGAUUGGACGCCGGAAAAAGGCUCCUUUAUCCACCACAUGCUUGCGGGGUCGGCGGCAGGCGUCGUCGAGCAUUGCUCCAUCUUUCCCAUCGAUACCAUCAAGACACACAUGCAAUGCCAGCGAUGUGCUCUAAACCCUGGCAAACCCCAACUCACUGCAUUUCAAACUGCCUCGAUGCUUAUAGCGAAGGACGGUCCUCGCCGAUUAUUUCGCGGCGUCAGCACCAUGCUCGGCGCGAGUUUACCUGCCCACGCGCUGUACUUCUCAGUGUUCGAGUCGUGCAAAGAGAAAUUUGGAGCCGACAGUCCCGAACACACGCCCAUCCAGUCAGGUGCUGCGGGUGUGAUCGGCACCAUCAUGCACGAUCUGGUCAUGACCCCCAUGGAUGUAAUAAAGCAGCGCUUGCAGCUCGGGUACUACUCUGGCGUGGUCAACUGCGUGCAAACGAUGGUCCGCACCGAGGGAUUGCGGGCAUUAUACAUCAGUUUCCCGACCACGUUAUUCAUGAACUUACCGUACAGCAUGAUCAUGGUGUCGACCAACGAAUCAAUGAAAAAGCUGCUCAACCCGUCGGGCGAAAUCAACGUCGGCGCGUACGUCUUUUCUGGCGCGAUCGCUGGCGCAGUGGCCGGGGCCAUCACCAACCCGUUGGACGUGACCAAGACCCGACUGCAAACCCAAAUGAUGUCACUAGACGACACACUCACGUGUGGCGGAAAGGUCGGUGGCGCAAAGAAUUGCGACAAGGUGUGCUGACUCGAGUUUGCCGUCGUGCCGCGCGGCGGCCACGUAUGCACUCACACACGUUUGCUUGAUUGCCGACUUUAGAUGGUGCAGUCGGCCGCGCCCAAAGUGCAAUAUCGGGGCUUCUUGGACGCAUUCGGCCAAAUCUACAAGCAUGAAGGCGUGGCCGGCUUCUUCCGCGGCGUCGGCCCCCGGGUAUGCGUGCAUGCGCCGUCCGUAGCGGUGUCGUGGACGACGUUUGAAGUGCUGAAAAAGCUGCUGGGCGACUAAGUGCCUCCACGACCCCCCUCGACGUUGACUAGAAGUGGUUGUGUAUGCAAGACAUCCGCGAUAAUGCCGUGGGAUUCGGAAGAGCUAGAGCUAGAGCAUGAUGGAAGCGGUGGUCGUUCUGUGGCCGCCGCGUGGUUAGACAGUCCAAUGAUGUGUAUAUUGCUAAUUUUGAUGUGUGAAAAAUAUCGACCUAGAACACUUGACUACGGGUGGUCACUGGCAUGUCGUUGUACAGUCGAAGGCAGAUCCAUUGGCUAACUGGCUGCUGGACACAGCGCCGACCGGUGGCGGGUUGAUGCGAGACGCACAAAGUCAAUCUACACCGACAGGCGGUGGGUGCCAUACUUUAGACACUC